AUGGCCAUUGUCAAGUCGGGUCAUAUUUUUAAUGUCACAACAGAUGACCCACAGGCCCGACCCCCACCAUCAAUGGAGUUGUUGGAACUCCAGUGGCAUAUCUCGCGUAUCGCUACAAUCCAAGGGGCUUUUGAGAAUCAGGAGAGUGAUGAUGGAUCUGAUGGAGAUUCUGUGGCGGUGCACUCAGAUCCCCGUUCCCCUAUGAACUCAGACUAG